AUGGCCGAGAGAGACAUCACCGACCACCUGCGCGAGACGCACGACCGCGUAUUCGAGCACAACCGCUGUUGGGCGCGGGAGAAGCAGGCUAGCGACCCGGACUUCUUUGUCAAGCUCUCGGCGGGGCAGAACCCGGACUACCUCUGGAUCGGAUGCAGCGACUCGCGGAUCCCGGCGGAGCAGAUCACGGGCAUGGAGCCCGGGCACGUGUUCGUGCACCGCAACAUCGCCAACCUGGUGUGCAACACGGACCUGAACGUCAUGAGCGUCAUCACGUACGCGGUGGAGCACCUCCAGGUCAAGCACAUCGUCGUGUGCGGGCACUACGGCUGCGGCGGCGUGCAGGCGGCCAUGACGGCCAAGAACCUCGGCAUCCUGAACCCGUGGCUGCGUAACAUCCGCGACGUCUACCGCCUGCACGAGAAGGAGCUCGACGCCAUCCCCGACAAGGAGGCCCGCUACAACCGCCUCGUCGAGCUCAACGUCGAGGAGCAGGCCCGCAACGUCAUCAAGACGGCCUGCGUGCAGCAGUCGUACGCCAAGAACCGCUUCCCCGUCGUUCACGGCUGGGUGUUUGGUUUCAACGACGGCCUGCUGAAGGACCUCAAGAUUGAUUUUGAGGGGACUUUGAAGGAUAUUCAGAAGAUCUAUAAUCUGACCGAGUAG